CGUGAUCGGACAUCUUCACAUGCUGGGCUCAGCUCCACAUCAGUCCCUUAUGGCAAUGUCGGAGAAGUACGGAAAAAUCAUGAGACUGAGGAUGGGCGUUUUCCCCACGGUUGUGGUUUCCUCGCCGGAUUUGGCCAGGGAGGUUCUCAAGGUCCAGGACCAGCAUCUAGCUUCUCGUCCUCAUUUCGAGUCGGGCAAAAUAUUAGCCUACGACAACCAGUCCACGUCUCUCACUCCCAACAACGAUAAGUGGCGAUUUAUGCGUAAGGUCAUCACCACCGAGCUCGUUUCCGCCAAGCGAAUCGAGCAAUCUAAGAGCAUUAGGAGGGAGGAGUUAUUGAACACUAUCGAGGAUAUUUUGUCCGACGGGCACAAAGGAGAGCUCGUAGAUUUUGAUGCGAAAUUAACAGCGCUAGUCUUGAACCAAACCACUAGAUUCAAUUUCAGGAGAAGGUACUAUGGUACCAAGCGUAAGGACAUAGCCGAAGGAGCCGAAGCUUUCCAAGCUUUGGUGAAGGAGAUCGGUGGAACAAGUUUCUUCUUUCCUGGAGAAUUCUUCCCCUUCUUGAUGUUUCUCGAUCUGGGCGGGGUUGAAGCUCGUAUGCGCAAGUUGGCCCACACAGCAGAUCAAUUCUACAGCAGCAUCUUAGCGAGCCAUCGGAACAAGGAUGGUAGUUACAUAUACAAAGAAACAUUGGAUCAGGAUUUCGUGGAUGUGCUGUUGGCAUGUCAGAGGGAGAAUAAUAGUGACAUUUCCGACGAGAUGAUCAAGGCUGCUAUUCAGGACGUCAUCAUAGCCUCGUCCAGCACCAGCUCAGCGACGAUGUUGUGGACGCUAGCCGAGCUCAUGCGUCACCCAGAUAUGCUACGAAGAGUUCAGAAGGAGCUCGAUACUGUGGUGGGCAAGAACAGGCUUGCAGAAGAAUCAGAUCUAGUGAACCUCGAAUACCUCCGAGCCGUGAUUAAAGAAACCUUCCGUCUGCAUCCCGUGCUCCCUCUGCUGCUCCCUCAUCAAUCGGAUGUGGACGUCCAAAUCGGUGGCUAUGACAUCCCAGCGAAGACGAGGGUCAUGGUCAACACGUACGCGAUCGGACGAGACCCUCAAGUGUGGGAGGAUCCGCUGGAGUUCAAUCCGGAUAGGUUUCUCAACAGCCCGAUCGACGUCAAAGGUCAGAACUUUGAGCUUCUGCCCUUCGGCGCAGGUCGAAGAAUGUGUGUAGGAUACAAUCUGGGACUGAUGACAGUAGAAAACGGCUUGGCUCAGCUGCUUCACACUUGUGACUUGAACCUUCCCGAAGGCAUGAGUCCCAAAGAUGUGAGCAUGGUGGAAGUGUCGGGGGCGUCGGUCACCCGAUCGGAAGUUCUGCAGCUCCGAGUGACUCCACGUCUGCCUGCUCAUGUUUACACUCAAGCGGGCAUGAGCAUUUAG